AUGGAAGCCAGCAAGCUCCAGUCUUUCUCCCAGCAGCAUUCAGCUGCCGGACACCUUCCAGUCACCCAGAGGCCCCACUUUCUGACCUGCCUCUUCUCUGCAGGCCCUAUCCCCCAGGUGCCAGUCACACCAAAGACAACAUUCCCUGCACCCAAGACUCCACCCUCUGAAACAGAAGAAACCACGGAGAGCUUCAAGGGAGGCCCUACCCCCCAGGUGCCAGUCAGACCAAAGCCAACUUUCCCUGCACCCAAGACUCCACCCUCUGAACCAGAAGAAGCCACGGAGAGCUUCAAGGGAGGCCCUACCCCCCAGGUGCCAGUCAGAUCAAAGACAACUUUCCCUGCACCCAAGACUCCACCCUCUGAACCAGAAGAAGCCACGGAGAGCUUCAAGGGAGGCCCUACCCCCCAGGUGCCAGUCACACCAAAGACAACUUUCCCUGCACCCAAGACUCCACCCUCUGAACCAGAAGAAAUCACGGGGAGCUUCAAGGGAGGCCCUACCCCCCAGGUGCCAGUCACACCAAAGACAACAUUCCCUGCACCCAAGACUCCACCCUCUGAACCAGAAGAAAUCACGGAGAGCUUCAAGGGAGGCCCUACCCCCCAGGUGCCAGUCAGGCCAAAGCCAACUUUCCCUGCACCCAAGACUCCACCCUCUGAACCAGAAGAAACCACAGAGAGCUUCAAGGGAGAGAAUAAUGGAGGAUCUGGACCUGAAACGGAGCCCUCUCCAACGCCUGAUUCUGAACAAGGCAAAUGUCCCCAGGGAUCAAAUAAAGAUUAUGAUGAUCAGCUUGAACAUGAAGAAGAGGAGGAGGAAGGCAUCACCUCCCCUUCCCCCACCCCUGACUCUGAGCAGAUUCUCACCCAAGGUCCUCAGAAAGUGUGUUAUACUCGCUGGUUUAACCAAGAUGAUCCUGAGGACAGUGGAGAUUACGAACUCACGGCUGCCAUCCUCUACAGAAAUCCCAGCGAAAUGUGCUCGUUGCCAAAGGCAAUCGAAGUGCAGGCUGUGGAUGGAACUCCAGCAUCUGAAACCAGGCAGAAAUUCGCUGUGAACAAAGCAAAGAUUGGCUUCAUUUGCCUCAACAUCAUGCAAGGGAAAGGAUGCCAUUGCCGUGACUAUCGUGUGCGAUUCUUGUGCCCGCAAGCCUUCUGUUCUGAUGGCCAAGAGAUCAUCACUCCUCCUGUCCUGGCUUCCACCUUGGAGCAAGUUCAGAGUACCUCAGAGGUUCCUGUGAAAGGUGGUCGAGACCAAAUGUCUCCAGGACCAAACCCAACCAUAGGACAAGCCCAGAGCACUCCACAGAGCACAGUGCAAGGUUGGCCACCCUGA